AUGCAUCGACUUUUUGCUGAGCUGGAGCCAUCUGUAACCGUCACCGAGCAAAACCUGGCAGACCGAGUUCGGUAUAUCUUGCGCUCAAAUACAUUUGAUGUCACCGAACUCGAACGGCUACGACGUGAGGCUGUUCCUUCAUCGGGUGAAAAUGCUGCGGCUGAGGAUGCGGCGCCACAACUUGCUGAGCAAACGGCAAAUGUGGAUGCCGCCGUGAAUACGCCAGUUGUGGUUGAUUCAAACGAUGAUGGAACAGUCGCCCAGGAACUGGAACUAGAGCAAAUGAGGAGUACAUUGGAAGAGGCGAUUGUGGAAACGCGCAGUACGACUCUCGAAAAUCGACCGCGACUUCCCCGCUUAGCCCUAAGCAAGCGGAAUCGGGCUGUCGUGAGGGCUCUGAACCCAAUGCUGGUUACCUAUUUGGAAGCCAGCCGGGACCUUUGCGAGACGGACUCAAUUCUUUUUGGCGCCGCACUGGCAGUCUGCCGUAUUAUAGGUGCCAAACUUCCCACGGCUGGACGCGCUACUGGACAAAGUAGUGCUAUCCCAGCCUGGAGAAUAAGAAUUGAAGAACGUAUCGCAAAGGCUAGGCCCUCAUCGGCAGACUGA